AUAUAUAUAUAUAUAUAAAGACUCCAAUCACCUUCCGCCGAUGUGCACUAUAAUCUGUCGCUAGUUUCAUAAUUUAUUUGUCAGUUUAAUCUUUUAUCUCCUCGGCCUAAAUGGGUGAUGAAAAAGUUGUUCUUUUGAGUUCUUGGGCAAGCCCUUUUGGUUUGAGGGUGAGAAUUGCAUUGGAAGAGAAGGGUAUUGUGUUUGAGUACAAAGAAGAGGACAUGUUUGGUACCAAAAGCCCUCUGCUCUUGAAUUCGAACCCAGUUCAUAAAAAAAUCCCAGUUCUGAUUCACAAUGGUAAACCCAUAUGUGAAUCACUAAACAUUGUUCAGUACAUCGACGAGGUCUGGAAGGGUAAAUCUCCAUUGUUCCCUUCCGAUAGCUACCAGAAAGCAAAAGCAAGAUUUUGGGCAGACUUAAUCGACAAAAAGAUUUAUGACAUUUGUAAGAGGAUAUGGAGGAGCAAAGGAGAGAAUCAAGAGACUGCAAAAAAGGAACUCAUAGAAAUCUUUAAGUUGUUGGAAGGAGAGAUUGCAGACAAGCCUUAUUUUGGCGGCAACGAUUUUGGGUUUGUGGACGUUGCCCUUGUGCCAUUUUACAGUAGAUUUUACGCAUUGGAGACCUUUGGAAACUUCAGCAUAGAGGCAGAGUGCCCAAAGCUGGUGGCAUGGGCUAAAAGGUGUAUGUUGAGAGAAAGUGUGUCCAAGUCUCUUCCGGACCCCCAAAAGGCCUACGAGUUUGUUUUGCAGGUUAACGAGGUGUUAGGAAUACAAUAGCGAGUGGCUGGCUCAUGGGAUAUGAUCAUAUGACAAAACCAAUUGCUUUUUCAAGAACUGUGUGUGUGUGUGUGUGUGUGUGUGUGAGUAUUAUUGGGCUUAAAUUUGAUAUUGGGCUACAAACAAAUACUAGUAGAUUUGUAUUUUUUCUUGUCUAGGGUUUAGAUCAAGCUGGGCACCAUAGGCCCAAACCAACCCAAAAGUCUGUCAGCUAAAACUCGUAACAACCAAGGGCUUUGUUUAGAAGUAACACAAGUUUUUAUAUUGGCUCAUGGAAACACGAGCUUUCGAAUGUCCGUCUAAAAAGUGUAAUGAGUAUAUAUAGGGAUGGUGUUAAUUCUAUAAGAUGUCAAAUGUUCGUGAUGGAAUCAAUUUAAAUUUUAAGUCUUGUUUA